CACAACGCUUUGGUCUCAAUUAGAUUUCGAAUUUCAUCUGCUCUUUUCCUCAAAUUUGUUUUGAAUAUGAUGAAUACUCGAAUAGAAGGUGAGAUACAAGGGCAAAAGCUGCAGCCAUCGGAAGGAAUAACAAACACAGUCACUGUCGUAUUUAAAUUCAUUACUGAAGAGACCCACGAAGAUCAGGCUACCGGAGUCAAAACCCUAGUCCAAUCCGACCCGCACUAUUUCAUCAGAGACUUUAGCAUCGAAAGCACUUGUCACAGUCACAUCUGUGAUCGUUUCCUCAUCAAUAAUAAUAAUAAUCGUUCGCUAUGCGAAGUAUUAUCCCCGCUCAUCGCUUCCACUGCAACCAACUUAGGUUUUGGCGUUAACGGCUUCGUUAUAAGACUGGUCUUGACUAUAACGACAAGUGUACACGUUGUGUCAUCGGCCUCUGUGCUUCGGAGGCUGGUUUGUGAAGGAAUAAUCGAUGGAGAAGAAGUGAAGAGAUUGAAGAUGGAAACAGAACCGUGUUCCAUCUGUCUGGAGAAUCUAUCCGGUUCCAAUACCCGUGGUUUUCCCACACGCAUGUCAUGUUCCCAUGUCUUCCAUGAUCGCUGUCUCUUGGAGUGGUUCCGCCGUAAAAAUACUUGCCCCAUGUGCCGGAGAGUUGUGUCUGAAUGUUUGAUGGAUGCAUGGUUAUAAACUUGUAAUUGGUUAUCGUCUUUGUUUUUUUCGGAAUUAGGGUUUCAUCUUUUGUUUUCACGUACAAUUUGAUUGAGAUUGUGUCACAUUCUUUGUGCUUGAAUUUAUUUUCUUUUUGGAAAUUGAUAUGUAACUUUGUGUUUAGGGUUUCGAAUCAAUUCAAGUAUAUGUU